GGGGGGGAAUUCGGACAGGCGUCUUCUUGGGAGUGCACCAACUAGUUCGAUAUGCAACGGAUAAUUUCUUUACACUUGAGGAUCAGUAUGAUUGGGCUUCUUUUUUUCGAACCUUGAGAAAUGAUAACGCAACGGCAAAUGACGACAUCAACGACGCAGUGGCAAGACUGGCAGGCGAAAGCGGACUUGGAUACCCUUUUCGCCCCAUUAGAAGAACCCUUGGACAGCAGACGAACGAUGAUGAACAACGACAAGCACAUGACUUGCAAACAGAUCGAUAUAUGACAUGACCAUGUCUGCUUCUUUUUUCAUUUUAUAUAUAUACGAUCUUUUUUCCAUUUGUUUUUUAUUACCAUUAUUAGAUAUAUUAUGGGGGAGUUACCCAGCCCACACCGCCAAAGGUUGAUGGGCCACGUCUUGUUCUGGGCUAUUUGAUUGAUGAAGGAUGUUGCUGGAAAUGAAACCCAAGAAAAAAAUACGUUGCGUUUACAUGUACACAUAGGACGUAUGGACAAUCACAUAUGUAGGCUGUUUUCUUCUUCUUUGGCGGAAGUUGAUGUUGGGAGAGGGGAGUUUUUAUUUAUUUAUAUUUAUCCCAGUUAUUUCUUCGUUGGAUUAUGCAAUUCGAUUUAAUUUGAUAUACUUUAUAUAUAUAUACCAUCUAUACCUAAAUACUAUACC